UCUUCUUCUUCUUCUUCUUCUUCUUUCUUCUUCUUCUUCUUCUUCAGAAGCUUUUGAAGCAUCCUCGGUAUCGGUGUAUUACAAUCAUUCCAGAUUGUAAUUUUUUUAGCACAACAGGGAGGCUUUAGCCGUGAAAUUUCCAAAGUGUGUAAGCUACAAAUGAUUUCUCUGCUUCCAACUUCUCUGCCCAAGUGCUCUAAACACCCAAUAGUAAGCUGUCCUGCAAGAGGAUUGUCAUCGCAUUCUCUGUAUGCAUCACCCCUUCCAAUUAAACAGAGUUCCAAGGUACCUUCAGUUGGAUAUCAGAGAAUGGUGUGCACAAACUCCGCGGCAAAAGGUCUAGAGCUGCAAGCGAAAGUAACAACGAAAUGCUUCUUUGAUGUAGAAAUUGGUGGUGAGCCAGUGGGCAGGAUUGUAAUGGGACUCUUUGGGGAGGUUGUUCCAAAAACUGUUGAAAACUUCCGUGCCUUGUGCACAGGGGAGAAAGGAUAUGGCUAUAAGGGAUGCUCUUUCCACCGCAUUAUUAAAGAUUUCAUGAUCCAGGGAGGGGACUUUACUGCAGGAAAUGGAACUGGAGGAAUGAGUAUAUAUGGUUCUAACUUUGAAGAUGAAAACUUCACCUUAAUCCACAUUGGACCUGGAGUAUUAAGCAUGGCUAAUGCUGGUCCUGAUACAAAUGGGAGCCAAUUCUUCAUUUGUACAGUAAAGACUCCAUGGUUGGACAAACGGCAUGUGGUGUUUGGACAUGUUGUUGAGGGUAUGGAAGUUGUGCGGAAGCUUGAAUCCCAAGAAACAAGCAGAUCAGAUGCUCCACGGUUGCCCUGUAGGAUUGUCAACUGUGGAGAGCUGCCUGUUGAUGGUUGAUUUGUAGUUGGUUCACUCUUCAUCUAUGACCUCAGAGUAGAAUUUUGUGUUCAACCUAUUUUGGAUUUAUUUGAUUUGUUCAAGUGUCCAUUAAUGUUCAACAUAUGAGCACUAUAUUAUCAAAAUCUUGGGUGAAGGUGCAUAAUAUGCAGAUUGCCAGAUUCCAUAUACAAAUCCAGUUAUAUUUGAAGCA